GCAACCAUGGGAGCAUCACUGUUGAGUUAUUCAAUUAAGUGGAGUAGUAUUGACAUGCACAGCAAAGAAGCAAGCUUUACUGUGGAGAAGAAACUUUCGCUCUAAAACUCUUUCAUUCUCUUACGCUCACGAGUCUAAUGAAAUGCAAUGUUUUAAAAGUAUUUACUGCUACUGCUUGCUUAAAAUGAUGAAUACGCAAAUCGCGAAGAUGAAAUAAGUUUUCGAUGUUGAACAUAAUGAGGAAUUUAAAAUAUCUCUAGUUGAAUAUUCAAAUAAAACUUCAGAUAUGCUCUAUGGCUCUUUUUAAAUCUUUCAGACUGACUGUUCAGCUUUGGACAAAAGUUUCUCAAAGGUCUAAUUCAACAAAACUAACAUAUGCUCAAAGGAUGUGUCCACAAGAAUUUUGCCUGGAAAACUAUGACUGCAUAGGUUUUGAUUUAGAUCAUACUUUGUGCAGGUAUAAUUUAAAACCUCUAAUCAAUUUAAUUUAUGAAACUCUAUCUUCAUAUUUGGUUGAAAAAUAUGAGUAUCCCAAGAGCCUUGCUCAUGCCACUGAUAAAGAAAUGUCAUUUGCUCAGAAAGGGAUAAUCCUUGAUAAACGUAAAGGAAAUUUUUUAAAAUUGGACAAUAAUUAUAAAAUUGUGAAAGCAAGUCACGGAACUCAAAUGCUCUCCACUGAAGAAAUCUGUAGCAUAUAUGGGCCUAAAAGAAUAUGGGAGGAUUCCAAAGGCAUACCACAUCGGAUGGUUGCCAAUACUGCAUUGGAUGAGCCUUUUUAUGUGUUCAAGGAUUACUUUGUUACUGCUGGAGCAAUAGUCUGUGCAAAAAUAGUUGAUAUUUUGGAUGAACAACAUGGGAAACCUUUGGAUGAAUACUCUUUCUGGGAUCACUAUCUGGAUGGUUUAUUUUAUAUGUAUGAAAGAAAUAAUUUCAAGAACAACAGCGGCAAGUUUUUUCCUGAUCUGAAGCACAAUCCAGAUAGAUACUUACAGCAUUGCAGUGAUGAUUUGAAGGCCUGGCUUAAGAAUGUAUGUAAGGAUAAAGUAUCAUUUCUUCUCACCAGCUCCAAUUAUGAUUCGGCUUCCUUUCUUGCGGAGUACGCUCUCGGAGAAGAUUGGAAAAAUUAUUUCGACAUUAUUGUGACAUUUGCACGUAAACCUGGAUUUUUUUGGAAAGACAAGCCAUUUUGCAUUAUUGAAGAGAAUGCAGAGGUCAGUGGAAUAAAACCUGAAGAUAUGAAGAGCCAUUUAAUUUACUCUCAAGGUAACUGGAAAGAUCUCCAGAAGGCUUGCAGUUUGAAGAGUAAAUCACAGAAUCCUAAAGUUUUAUAUUUUGGUGAUUCGUUGAUAGAAGAUGUUUAUGCAGCUUCAGAAAUAGCUCAGUGUGAUACCAUUGCCAUUGUAGAGGAAAUGCUGGCAGAGGGAAUGGACAGCACUCCCGAGACCCAUGUCGAGUCGGAAACUCUGCUCUCGAAUUGCUGGGGUUCUUUUUUUGGAAACGGCAGACAUAUGGGUGAUUCGAAUCAAACUUUUAGUUUGUGGGCUCAAAUGCUUUCCCAGCACAGUAAACUUACUGUACCUAACUUAGACUGUUUUAUGAGGCUUCCACUUCAAGAGAAAAUUCCUUGCUUUGGAAAUGAGUCUUCCACAGCUGGCUUUUUUCCUGGUGUUCCAAAAGUUCUAGCUUCUAAUUAAUCCAGUUAUAUUUUAAAGAUUCUCCCCUUUUUACUGUCGUUUUUUGCAAUAUGAAUACCCAAUUAAAAUAUUUUAACAUUUUAGUCACAUUAUUGCUGUCGGCCUUAUGUAGUUUUAAUUUUGCUGUAAUUGUGUAAUUUAUCUUGCAUUUAAAAAUUGGUACUUCUUAAACGUAAUUGAAGGAAAUAAUAUCAAUGUUGGACUGUUAUGUUUUUCAACAAAAAAACUUAAUUAUCUAUUAUACUUGUGAAAAAAAAAUUUUCCCUUCAAAGCAUAGUAUAAAUUAAAAAAUAACUAUAGUUUAAAGCUACCGUAAUUUCCUUUUGUGAUUGUUUUCUCAAUUUUUAUUAAACAUAUGUUUGAAAGAUUUAUUAUUUGCUAUGAUAGACAUGCAUGGUAGUAAUAUGUUAGAACUCACAUAAAAUAUUUUUUUUAAACCUAAUGUAAAAGUAGAUUGAUUUAAUUUUAAUCAUUGAAUUUAGUCAUGUUUUUCUAUUAGAAAUUUUGUUUUCUUUUCCAUUCUUGAAGGUUUUCAAAAUGAAUGCUGAUUGAGACUUUUUUCAUUAAUGAAUCACUGUGCUGUUUUGAAAAGAGACAAAAGUCCAAAAGCAGAAAUUUUAUAAAAAGUUUCAAUUUAUUUCUAAAUAAUUGAGUUUUAAAUCAGUAUUAAAUAGGAGUCAAAACAUUUGUUGCAUGCUAAAAGUAUUAAAAAAAAUCAUCUUUCAUUUUAUGGCUCAUAAGAUACUUUAUUACUCUAAAAUCUGUCUGUGUUUCAUAAGCCAUGUGUAGAAUUUCAUCCAGCAGAAUAGCAGAGAAUUUUUGGGAAUUUUUAUUGAGGGAAGGGGUCAUUUACAUGCAUGUGGGUUUAUAUUUAAGGUAAUUUGUAGUCUAAACAAAUGACACCCCCCGCCCCACCCCGCUGCUUUAUUCAUCGUGUUAUCCACAGAAAUUUCGAAGGUCAUCAACUUGAUUUUUAACCAAUUGUCAUUCACAUAUUGUCGUCUCAGAGCAGCAGUAAGACAACUGAUCCCAGGAAUAACACUAAGAUAUCCUACUAUUGCUCUGAGGCGACGAUAUGCUGUAGUUUUACAUGUACGUUUCAUUGAAAACUUGAACAAUUGUCAACAGAUAAUCCUCUUACCACAUACAGAAAAUUAAUUCAUUUGUGUAGGUGGUUUAGUUGUAUUUUAAAUAUAGUUAAACUCCCGAUUGUCUGCAAAAUAGGGUGGCACGGUAACUGUGGAUAGUUUGAAUAAUAGAUAAGAAGCAAUACUAGUGUAUAUAAUAGCUAAAAAAUAUGAAUAGAACUCACACAUUCAUUUGAAUUAUAGCUAAAAACAAUAACAUUAAAUGUAAAAAAUAGAUGAAAAAGCUCAAAAUGAAUACUAACACAAUCAUAAGCUUAAAAAACAUUUAAUGACGAUAAUAUUAGUAUAUAUCUUAAAUUUUUACAAGAAAAAAAUUCAGUUAGUUGUAAAUCAUCGCAGUUUUUUAAAAAAUGUGAAAAGACCUGUAAAUAAUCCGACCGCCGAUAAUCGAGAGUUUACUGUACCAGUUAGCUGUAAAUGUUUAAAAGAUUUUUUUAAAAAAAGUUUAAACUUUGCCACCUCUAAAAUUUUGCCGCCUUGUGCUUGAGCAACUUGCUUCUUUAAGAGAUUGUAACCCUCUUACUACACCACCGACAAUGUCAAGUUCUGAGACUCAAGCUGAUUUGUUGGAGUUAAUAUAAGUCUUUCUCACACAGGGCAGGCAAAGAACAUAUCAAGGAUUUGUGUGAGAGUUUUACCAGGCAGUGACAAUGAAGGCAUAUUUCUGAGUCCCUAGAAAAUGAAUUAACAGAUAAAUUUGCUAGUUUGUGUUAUGAUUAAAAUUAGUACUUGAAUCCUUUUCUGUUUGAUCAUCCAAGCAUUUUUGGUAAAUUCAAACCUGCUACAUCAGGGAAUCAUACAGACCAGGAUAUAGCAGAUUUUGCAAGGAGUUAUAAAGUAUUAUGUAGAUUUUUCUCUUCCCAUUGUUUCCUUUUUCACAGGAGGAGAGAGAUAUUUUAGACCUCAUUUAAGUCAAUAGCAAAAAAAAAAAGAAAAGAAGGUUGUGUAGAUAAAUAUAUUAGAAGAAAGCAUUAUCUGAAAAUAAUUUGCACAACAUUAAAAUCAAACUAAAUUUAUAGGAUUUAGUGCACAAGUUGAAGUUUUACAGGGGUGCCCACUAGAGAUGUACCGAGUACUCGGUAACUACUCGGUACUCGGCCAAAUUUUGAUCAGGUACUCGGCCAAUGUCAAGUAAUUGUAAAAAAUUGGAUAUUGUUCAAGAAAUUGCAGAUUACAAUUAAUAAAAAAGUACAAACAUAUAAUAUACUGCAAUCAUUUACAAUUGAAAUUUAAAAGACAAAUUCAAAUUUUGAGAACAAUGAAGUUUGUUAUGCUUCAAUGAAGUAAAUCUUAUAUUUUAAUGCCCCAAAGUUAAACUUAUUUAUUAAAAAUGGGGCAAAAAAGGUAAGUACAGAAAAUACCUUUUACUUAAAAAUAAAACAAUGUUAAAAGCCAAAUGUGCAGGAACACUGCAGACACAUGUUUU